AUGGACUAUCAUGACACAGCCCCUGAAUGUUGUUUCGAUCUCGGAUACGUUCCAGUGGUGAGCCCUUGGGCAUCCCUUUCAGACCAUCAGCGGGACGUCAACCGCUCGACCGCAGGCUUCCGGAGCGUCCCCGACCCUUCUUGUACAUGCAACAUGGCACCUGGCGUGUGGCUUCCAGAUAUCUCCUGCGCCAGCCACUUGGAGGCCUGCAACUGGCCACACACCGAAGGCUUCCGUGCCGAUGGGCACGAGGCCCCCUAUUCCUUCCAGCACGGCGAGUACCCAGAGCCUGUUGGCAGUUCGCUCCAGCUACCAUCGUCGUCGACGACGUCUUCUUCCCCCAGCUCCGACGCUGGCACCGAAGGCACAAGGCCCAUGGUGGAGUUUCCUCUCGCGGGCGUGGCAAUGGCUAUGCACGUGGGAUCGUCACCACUUCAAGAAGAACAAACCAGCAGCGUCGACGACAACGACCCUAUCCCCAAGAUAGAGUACAUUGAGCCAACAAGUCACCGCCUCCGAUCUACCCAAAGUCGCAUGUCCCCCCUCGGCGAGGAAGCGCGCCACAGGAGGGACCAAGUCCUCCUCGACGGCCGCCGGGCCGGCCUGACCUAUGCCGAGAUCAAGAAGCGGCACAACCUGUCCGAGGCGGAGUCGACCCUGCGCGGACGCCACCGCACCCUCACGCGCAACCCGGAGCACAGGGUCCGGAAGCCGCAGUGGACCAGGAGGGAUCUUGCGUUGCUCAAGGAGGCCAAGGGCCCAUGCCGGAUGAAGCUGUGGUCCGAGGUGAAGGAGCAUCUCGAGGCGCAAGGUGCGUCGUACCCGUUUGGGGCGAAUGCGUGCAGUAGGAAAUGGGAGGAGGUCAACAACAAGUGCGGCGGCGUGUAA